UGCAGAGCGACGGCCAGCGUCUGCCGAAACCCCGCAUUUGAUGGACGCCGGCUUCAACGAACAAUCUAAAUAAGUUAUUGAUAUAACCUCCUGUCACACCUCGAAUGGUCGGGCUGCGAUAAUGACUACGCGUCUGCCGUCGCCGGAGGAGCUUGACAAGCUUUCAAACAUCGACCAGGAGAUUGCGGAGAAGCUACAAUUCAUCCCACAGUUGUGGCAGCCCAGCGCAGACCAGGACCCGGCAGAGGUCAUUCGAUCAAUUCGCGCUCAGAGAGAGGCCUUACCACACGUACCUGCUCCAAAAGGCGUCCUGGAAACACAAGCCACCUACAAAGCGCGAGAUGGCACAACCCUGCGGAUGUGCGUUUAUAGUCCUGCAAGCUCCGUCAACAAGCCUAGGCCGCUGUUUGUCUGGUACUUCGGCGGAGGAGGCUGCAUUGGCGUCCCGGAGCACCAGAUCAUCUGUCGGAAUGCUGUUCUGGAUCAUGGCUGCAUUGCCGUUGCUCCACAGUACCGGUUGGCGCCAGAGUACAAGUACCCUUACCAGGUCAACGACAGCUGGGAUGCCUUGAAGCACAUUACGGCACACGCUGGUGACUUCAGCGCCGAUCCGUCAGCAGGCUUUGUGCUGGGUGGGGAGAGUGCGGGUGCAGUCAUAGCGGCGCCUUUGGCGCUCAAGGCUCGCGAUGAGGCGCUGCAGCCGCCUUUGACCGGCAUCUUCCUGACAGUGGGAUCGUACUUCGACCCGAACAGUGUUCCGGAUCAGUACAAGUCGACUUACCGCUCUCGAUACGAUGAGGCGUGUUUGAACGCGCCCCUGCUUAGCAAGACAAUGAAAGCCAUCUUUGAUACGUGCCUACAGGGUGACUUCAGCUCGCCCAUGUUCAAGGCAGCAUUGUGGCCCAGUGGACAUGCGCGGCUGCCGAAGACAUAUCUGCAAAGUUGUGGGAUGGACAUUAACCGAGACGAAGGUAUCUGCUACAACGACGUUCUGUCAAAGGCGGGUGUUGAGACGAAGCUCGAUGUGUAUCCGGGAUGCCCGCACUGCUUCUGGUAUCUGUUUCCCAACAUAACACAAGGCGUGAAGUGGAAGGAAGAUACCCGGAAGGGCCUUGGGUGGCUGUUUGAGAGGCAAAUGUAGUAAGUUCGUAAAGA